CCCACUUAAAAUAAAACUCCUCUUCUAUGCAUACAUCUCAUGAACUCUGCUCAACCCUCAAAAUACCGACACAUAUACGGCACAACCAAGUCAAAAAGCGGCUACGACUGUGUCAAGCCGAGGUCCGCCAGAGAUGCCAACCUCAUCAAGGUCAAUAGCACCAUGGUCGCCGUGCAGUGGGACACGCCUGGAUACGGCGCAUUGCUCGUGCUGCCGGCGCGGGAUCAACCAACGUCAGAACCUUCUAAGAAGGAACAGCGACUGCCGAGCAAUCCGCCGCUCCUGGAGCCGCACACCUCGUUCAUCCAGGACUUUGAUUUCUCUCCGUUCGAAGACUCGCUCCUGGCUACGUCGGACGGAAACUGUAUCAGGCUGUGGCAAAUCCCCUGCGAGGGCAUCCAAAAAACGGUUAGGGAACCAAAUGUUGAAAUCAAAAACAGCGAUGGCAAAAUCUUAGGAAUCCAGUUCCAUCAAACCAGUAAAAACCUAAUGCUGUCGACCCACCAUAACCACGACAUAAAAAUAUUCGAUAUAGACCACGACAGCGCCUCCAUUCUUUGUAAUAGUGGACACCAAGACAUCGUCCAAAGAACAUCUUGGGAUUGGUACGGCGCACUCCUCGCAACUUCUUGCAGAGACAAAAACCUCCGGAUCAUCGACCCCCGCAACAAUCAAAUCACCCACUGCGUUCUAGCUCACGAGAGCAUCAAGGGAUUCACGCUCACCUGGCUCGGACAAAGAGACCAAAUCGCUACCGUCGGAUUCAGCAAGGACGGCAGAAGACAGCUCUCCGCUUGGGACGUCCGAUCCUUCUCGAAACCACUUGCAUCUCUCAACAUCGGCGCCGGAUCUGGAAUGGUGACGCCCUGCCACGACCCAACUACCGACGUCAUCUUCCUUCUAGGCAAGGGCGACACCUAUAUCAGCUACUACGUCAUAGAAGAUACCUCACCCUUCCUGAGCUACCUGAGUGAAUUCAAAACAUCUGAGAGUCAAAGCGACGUCGCACCUUUCCCCCCGCAAAAUAGCUGA